AUGUUCAGAUCAAGGAAACACACACCAAACACCGAUCCCAAACGACGUUUCAGUCUUCUGCCACGGUCUUUUAGCGGCUUCUUACGUUCGAAAAAGAGCAUGGAGUCACCAGCACCUACAUUACCACCAGCAUUUAUUACAGACGACAGCUCCAUUACCGAUUCGAGUCGAUCAGUACCCGCUUCACCUCUUAGUGCACAUACAGCAGCUACGUUAACGUCUUCUAUUGCUGCUGAAUCUGGGUGUUACUUUGGUCCUCCACCACCUCCUCCGACUGAUUCUAUACAACCACCUUCAUUCAAUUUUGGAGGAUGCGGUGGUGGUAGUAGCCAUAGCAACAAUCAACAUUAUCGAUCUUUGCAACGAAGACAAGGUGUUGGUGGUGACACUUUAUCAAUGCCAAAUAUUCAUGCAGCAGCCGAUUCGACUGAUCAAUACUUGCAGCUUGGGAUGCAAUGUCAUGAAAGGGGCGAGUUAGAAAAAGCAACCUAUUACUGGCGUUUAUCGGCUGAGAAUGACUCGCCCCUCGGAUUGUUCUUUUAUGGAAUAGCUUUGCGACACGGAUGGGGAUGUAAAAAGAACCCCGCUAUUGCAGUACGCUAUUUACAAAAAGCAGCUGAAUGUGCCGUUUAUGACCUACAAACCGGUAUCGUCAAGUCUACCACCAUUGCCAAGUCUGAAUUGAUUCUUGCCAUCUACGAGCUCGGUGUCUGUUUCCGGCAUGGAUGGGGUGUCCCCAAAAACCUUACUACAGCAUCCUAUUAUUUUCACAUUGCUGCUAAUCUCGGUGAUCCAGACGCACAGAAUGAUUUAGCCUUUUGCUAUGCUCACGGCCAUGGUGUCAAGAAGGAUCCCUACAAGGCAGCCAUGUAUUAUCGCAAAGCUGAACGCCAAGGUCAUGGUAUCGUAGGCAAUUCUUGGAUAUGGAAGGACAAGUAUAGUAUCGUGGAUGAUGAAAAUUGGGAUGGAUUAAGCCAUCAUCAUCAACAUCAUUAG